AUCCAAAUCCUUAACUUGGAUGACUUGUUUCAACUAAAUAUCUUUACUUUCAUAUAUUCUUAUAAAUACAUACACCCAUUAAAUCCAAUUUUCACAUCGUUUUUUAAUCUACUUUCUACAUACUUUCUCUUUAGCUAUUAUUUCAAAUCAAGUUUUCAAACAUGUCUUCAUCAGUAGAGAUUGUGUCUUUCGGUGAGAUGUUAAUUGAUUUUGUCCCUGAUGUUUCUGGUGUUUCACUAGCUGAAUCACCUGGUUUCAUCAAGGCUCCCGGUGGUGCUCCAGCGAAUGUCGCUUGCGCUGUUUCUAAGCUUGGCGGUUCUUGUGCUUUUAUUGGCAAGUUUGGAGAAGAUGAGUUCGGCCAUAUGUUGGUUGACAUACUGAAGAAGAAUGAAGUGAACACUGAUGGUGUUUGUUUUGACAAGGAUGCAAGAACUGCACUAGCUUUUGUAACGUUGAAGGCAGAUGGAGAAAGAGAGUUCAUGUUUUACAGAAACCCUAGUGCUGACAUGUUGCUUAAAGAAACCGAGCUUAACAUGGAUUUGAUCAAACAAGCUAAGAUAUUUCACUACGGUUCUAUUAGUUUGAUCACCGAACCAUGUCGUUCCGCUCACAUGGCUGCUAUGAAAGCAGCCAAGGAAGCUGGUGCAUUACUUUCGUACGAUCCUAAUGUGAGGUUACCUCUCUGGUCUUCAGCCGAAGCUGCACGUGAAGGUAUCAAUAGCAUCUGGACUUAUGCCGAUGUUAUCAAGGUCAGUGAUGAUGAGGUAGAAUUCCUUACCCAAGGGGAUGCGACCGAUGAGAAGAAUGUUUUGUCACUUUGGCAUGAUGGUUUGAAGUUGCUAAUGGUAACUGAUGGGGAGAAGGGGUGUAGAUACUUCACAAAGAACUUCAAAGGAGUUGUGAAGGGAUUUGCGGUGAACACCGUGGAUACUACAGGAGCUGGUGAUGCUUUUGUUGGAUCAUUCCUUUGUUCUGCUGCCAAAGAUUUUUCGAUUUUCGAGGACGAAAACAAACUAAGGGAAGCACUUACAAUGGCCAAUGCUUGUGGAGCAAUUUGCACGACUGUGAAAGGAGCCAUUCCAGCACUCCCUGACACUGCUGCUGCACAGAAGCUCAUCUCUACUUCUAGUCACUAGAAGUACGAAUCCUCCUGCACAGAAUCUCAUCUCGAAUUCUGACUAGACGAGAAUUCGCUUUUGCUUUCUUUUAGUUUCCUCAUUCUUUUAAAUCUCUUUGUUUAUAUUUGCUUUUUCCUUUUGUUAUUAUGAAAUUUGGAUAAUCUCUUGGUUUAUCAUA